CGGACGUUUUGAAGUUCGCUCUUCAUUGUUGGGAUAACUUCUUUGUAUUGCCGCCCAUGGCGGCUAUCGGUUUGCGUGGAAACACUUUCAAAGUGGUUUCACUAACUUUCUGGUUCGUCCUUCGUUUGAAGAAAUUCAAUCUUUUCUUCACAAUGUUGUCGGUUUACAACUACGUGAUGUGAAAAGGCUCCAAAUGAGCCAUGCUCAAAACUGUGCGUAUGUAAAGUGCAUCAACCAACAAGUUGCAGAAAACGUUGUUGAUCACCACAACGAACAGCAUCAACUAGAAGUGAAAGGUGUCAAGUAUACUGUGCGCCUUGCUUUAGACGACGAAAGCAUACAAGUGAAAAUACACGAUCUAUCCGAGAGUGUUUCGAACGACGAGCUUGCUGCCUAUUUACGGCAGUACGGAGACGUCCAUUCCGUGAAGGAACUGGUUUGGGGACCAUCAUUCCCCUACAAAGGAGUUUCAAGUGGCGUCCGAGAAGCGAGGAUGACAUUGCGAAACCACAUUAAAUCCUACGUCACAGUGCACGGCGAAGAAACUUUAGUUUCGUACAAAAAUCAAGUGAAAUCAUGUCGCCACUGUAUGCAGAACAUACAUCCGGGAAAAACAUGUUCUAAUGCAAAGAAGGAAACCAUCAAAGAAAGUCCAACUAAACCAUUAUCCGCAUCCACGACAUCACAACCCAGCGCACCAUUGCAGAAAUCAUCGCAAAUCAAACAACCUCUACAGUCAUCGAAACGGACUGCUAAUGCUGAUAACACCAACCAGGCCAACGAAGCGCAAACAAAAUCACCACCAAGGAAAAAAACCGAUCGCAAGCAGGCAGUUAAAAUUACUCCAACAAAGCAGCCCGACGAACAAUGCGUGAGCGAAGAAACGGAUAGUGAUAUGGAGACCGUGAGCACCGUUCAUCUGAAUACAGAUACUGAACCAGAACCCGACCCCGGAGAUAUAGAUGGAUGGAUAACCCGAUUCGAUAGAAGAAACAGAAGACUGGAACAAAAAAUUGUAGCUUUUGAAUUGCAAAAUAAAACUCGCAGACCUGAAUGACCCUAGGGUUAAAAGGUCGUUAAAACAAUUAAAAAAAAAA